UGCUGCACACCAUAUCCGACAGCCGCUAGGGUGAUAGCAGCCUCAGCCUUGCUCCAUCCAAGCCAGUCCUCCCACGCGUUUCACCCCACCCAAUGCACUUAUCCACCUUACUAAGCGUUCCAUAUCUGCCAUCCCUCUCUGCCAAUCAUCCCUCUUUGCCAAUCCCUCCACUGGCCUCCAUUCAGUGUCCUCCACCCCUCUCUGCCAAUCCCUCCACUGGCCUCCAUUCAGUGUCCUCCACCCCUCUCUGCCAAUCCCUCCACUGGCCUCCACUCAGUGUCCUCCAUCCCUCUCUGCCAAUCCCUCCACUGGCCUCCACUCAGUGUCCUCCAUCCCUCUCUGCCAAUCCCUCCACUGGCCUCCAUUCAGUGUCCUCCAUCCCUCUCUGCCAAUCCCUCCACUGGCCUCCACUCAGUGUCCUCCAUCCCUCUCUG